AAAAAUUAGAAUAAUUUAAUUUAAGGAAAGCCGUUUAACUUUAAUAAUAACAUUAAUAUUAAUAGAUUCGUCUCCCUAUUAACUGCCUAAACAACUGCUUUAAAUAACUUUCAUGCAAAUGAUUAUCUCAAGAUAAUUUCAUGAUUAAGUUACGAUAUUAAAAUAUUUUAGUGUGAAAGUGGAGUGUUAGGCGUUGUUCGAGGUAGCGGUCGUCCCUCCACGUCACAGUGUAUCUCUCUCACACCGCAUCUCGUUGUCUCUCUCCCGCGUCGCAUUCAGUCUCCGCGGAACACUGUCCUUAAGCACAAGUGUACCGAUUCGCUGUGCCAUACUUCGUAAAUAGAACCUGUUUGGUGAAAUCUGAAACGAAAUUCAAUACAUGUUAAUAUAUUAAAAAACAAUUACAUAUGUAAUUUGUGUGCUGUGUGAUUUGUUAAGUGUUUCUUCUGUAUUGUGUGUUUGCAGUCCUUGAGUUGGAGGCUUUAUAGGUGACAGUCGUACAGUCUCUUCUUUUUCUACGAUUGUUUGUGGUCAAGAGGUCAAGGUGCCGGCGAUGAUGGCGCCCAGCGUGUUCCAGCGAACCAAAUCACCUCGGUCUUCACCGGGAAACUUGCCUAGGAAACUACAGAACGGUACCGAGCCACCGGGACAAUUGGACCCAACGGCCGACUCUAGCCCGGGAAAUUCAAUAUCAGAUGCUGAAAACUUUGAGUGCUACGGUGAAGCAGACGGAGACGUGCCUGUCACGUUAGAGAAUGGAACGAGGAGUCCUGGUAAUCCUCUUAACAGACAUUCGUGGACAAGAACCAGCCUUAGGAGAACUCCACCAAGCCACCAAGAGAAUCUUCCGCAUCGUAGAUGGGGUUCGAUGAGACACUCGGGGAAGCGACAGAUUGGUUCCAAUGUCCUAGCAAGCCAAUUGUACCGGUCGUCGUCGUUCAACUCGUCCGGCUGCGGGUCGGGCGGGGAGCCGGCCGACGACAUGUACUCAGACGUUUCGCUCGAGGAAGACGUACAAGGACUCAACUACAAGGUACAACUUCUACAGCAACAAGUGACGUCAUUAGCUGACACUCAGAGCACUGCAGACGAGCGAUACGCAAGAGCCAAAGCUGAGAACGCAGUCUUGCAAGCAAGAGUGCAUAUGUUGGACGAACAGAUAAGAGAGAUUGAAAGCCGAUGCGAAGAGAGUAUAGCAGAAGAAAAACGACGUAGCAGAGAAGCAAUAACAAGAAUUGAACGGGACAGGGAUUCACAAAUAGCUGCUCUCACCGACAGACUGACCGCCGCCGAGACCGAAGCGUCGCAUCUUAAACAAGAGGUCGGUCGUCUGCGUGGCGUGGCAGAGACGCUGCAAGCGAACGCGGAGAACUUAUCGCGAGCGCACCGCGAGGCGCAGGAGCAGGUCGGCGACCUGGCGGCCCAGCUGAGCGCAGCACGCGAGGCCGAGCGCCGGGAGCGGGAGGCAGCGGCGGCGGCGGGCGUGCUGUUGGCGGCCGCGCGGCGCGACCUGCUCGCCCUACGAGACGCGCCGCCGCCGCCGCCGGACCCGCGCCUCGACGAACUCACCAAGGAGCUCGUGCUGCUACGGACACAGAACAAAUCACUAUCAGAAGCUCAAGAGGAGCUACAAGCCCAGAUCCUGACCCGUGGAGUUGAAGAAGGCCGCAGCCUGCUGGACGGGGUGAGCGGUCCGCUGGUCGCAACCAACUCGCUGGCCCAUGAACUCUCGCAGAUGAGCGAUGACCAGCUCGAAGGUAGCCAAACACAAACCGAACACGACAUAGAGUUGGAAAAGUUGCAGAAAGCUUUAAAAGAACAACAAGACGUGAACGUACAACUGAGGAAUUACAUCGACGGUAUAUUAUUGGCGAUCGUCGAGAACUACCCACAACUGCUCGAAGUCAAGUAUCAAAAGCAACCGCCCGAAAAUCUAUCAUAGCAUCAGUACGUUGCCAUUUUACUUCCAUUCCUUUGUAUAGCGUAUUCACGUGAAAUGAAAUUAUUGUUCUGGAUGUUACAGCGAAAUUCAUUUUAUCUAAUCUAUGUAUUCGUGUAAUGGAUGUUCAAAAUUAAAUUGAUACUGUGAUAAAUGAAAAUGAAAAACGUGUGCUUUCUUCAUGUUUAACGAUUUAUCUUUUUUACAGUAAAGAUUAAAAUAAAUAUAUAUAUAGUAUGUAUAUCGACGCUUGAAAGGCAAACGUGACUAAGCGACAAUAACUGCUUUGUACAUAAAUGAUAGGCAAUAACUAUAUUCGAUGCGCAAAAAAAAAUUUUUUCUAGGUCUAUUAAAAUCAUUUCAAUCCUACAGCUACUAGCUAGAUUCUACUACAGCUAGAUUCAUUAAAAUAAAUUUUGUUUUUAGGUAAUUCAACUUGAAAUUAUUCUACUGUAAAGUUCACGCAUUGUCGCUUAGUCACGUUUGCCUUUCAAUCGUCGAUAUGUAUUUUCAAAUUUAUAGAGAACCUAGUUAUUAAUUAUAAAAAUGAUAUUUUUUUUUUCUUGUAAAUAUAGUUAGAAUGUUUAAGUCAUAAUGGAAAAAAAAUGUUAUUUUAUUUGUUCGAUAAUUAAAUAAUAAAAACUAAAAAUUUUGCUUAUAUAAAUAUAUAUUAUAUGUACAUUAAAUUUAAGAAUAAUUUAUAUAUAAAUUUAUAAUGAUCUGUGCGACUAAUAAGUUUAAUGAAAGGCCAGGCCGUCCAUAACGCUAUUAAUUCGUUACUACUUAAUACAAAUAUUAUUAAAAAGACUGGUACAUAGAUAAAAUCCGGUGCAGAAUUAUAUUUAGUUCCUGUAACGUGUCGAGUUACGAGCGUGUCGCUAUUAUACUAUGAAUCUUUCAAUGUUAUUUAUCACGAGGUUUGAGUAUAUGCAGCCAAUUAAGAAAAUUUAUGCGUUAAACUGCAAUAUAAACCUUGUUAAGCAUUGGUCAUUCUGCGUAAUUUUGAUUCCUCUGUCUAACCAUAUAUUAUUAUAUAACAAGCCGUACUCGCCCGCUUCGAUGGGCAUUUAAAAUUAACAUUAUUGUUUAUUGUCAUUAUUAUUAGGGAGUCCAACACUAAUAUAAAUAUUAGCCUAACCAUUAAGUACAUGUAUUUUCUACAUGGAUACAAAGUUUCAAGUCAAUCGGAUGCGUGGUUCAGUAUUUAUAACGGAACAUCCGUAAAAGCAACUGUAGAUUUAUAGGUAUAUUAGUAUAGAUUGUACGAACGACGCUUGAAGUUUUCAUCUAUACAUUUACCUCCAAAACGACUCCGAUAUUGGACACCAGUCGAAAAAAACUCGCACAUAUAAUUUGAUACGAUCUGGUAUCAGAACGCUAUAACAAAAUGGCCGGUCUUAUUCCACAGUUUACGCAUAAAACUGUUUUCAAAGAUUAUAAAUUGACCAGAGCGUACGAGAAACUAUUUGUUCCAUUGCGCCGUUCGCUAACUACCCGACUGAACUGUAGCGCGUAGUUAUUUUGUAUUGUACUAUUUAUAAUUAAAUCAUUUAUAUUUAGCCCUGAUAGACAAAUAAACAAAAAAAUAUUAAAAUAUGUAGAUACAAUUAAUUGUCGGGGUGCAGAAAGAAUUCGUUCCAAUCGAACCCAAAAGUACAUUCUAAUUAUAUGAAAUGUUUUUAAAUUUAUUAUUUAAAAAAAAAUGUCUAUUCUAUCUAUAAACGAAGCAUUUCAAAAAUAUUAAAAGAAGAAAAAUAAAUAUGCGCAUCAGAGACGUAAUAACGUCAACUUAAAAAUAAAUUUUAAAAUUCGCUCGUAAUUGUAUUCGAUCGGAUCGGAUUCUCUGAACAAUCCGACAAAUAAUAAUAGGCCAAAGGAAUCAAAGUUGUGCAUUCUGACUACAACUAUAAUCUAGAAUAUAAUUUAAAAAAAUCUGUACCUAUAUUUUUACGAUGAGAUAUUUAAAAAAAUCUUUAGUAGCAUGUAGUUAUAAUUAAGUUUGUGUACAUUUUGAUAACAUAUUGAAUAAAUAAUAAACAAACAAAAAAUACAUUCUGUAACAUCAGAGUGGAAUUAAAUGAAUUAACAUACACAUAAAA